CUUUACAUGAAUUCACACUGAACCCUCCACACUCUCCAUCUCCUCUCUGACAUGUCGCCAUGUUCCGUGCAGCCUCACAACCCACAGACUUGCUCUGGGUGAUUCUACUGAGCCUGCUGCUGGUACCGGAGAGCGGCUGCAGAGGAGCCGGGGCGGACAGCUGUCAUGAGGUGAAGACGGCCUACAUGAUGAGGCAGAUCGGCCCCGUGGAGCUGGUGCCGGACUCACCGGGAACAGACGAGUCUCUCCGAGUGUGCGUCCACCCGGGGCCCACCUGCUGCACGAGCAAGAUGGAGGACAGCUACAUGGCGGCGGUUCGCAGCGAGACGCAGCAGAAGAUGCAGUCGUACAGCUUCGAACUCAAGUACCUGAUCGCUGGAAACACCAAGGCUUACCAAGAGACCUUUGAGUCGCUCGUGUCCUUCAUGUCGAACCUGACCAGCUCCCUGUUCGACAGCGCCUACUCCACCCUGGUGUCCGACAGUCGCCCCCUUGUGUUCCAGCUGUUCGACGGCAUCAGACGCCACCUCUCCGGAGAGUCGGACUCCUCCCUGGAGAACACCGUGCGUCGAUUCUACAACGAUCUCUUCCCAUUGGUGUACCGACGUCUUCUCAACCCCGGGUUCGGCCACACGUCCUUCAAGUCCCACACCCCCACCACCCAUGACGACUGCCUGCGGUUGACGAGGCAGGAUGUCAGCCCGUUCGGACCCCAUCCUCGCCUCCUGGUCAGCAGCCUGUCCCGUGCCCUCGGGGUCGGCCGAGCACUGAGCCGACUCCUCCGACUGGCCGGUGAGGUGGUGAACGCCACCGAGAAGGCCACGUUGUCCAGGGAGUGUGGCCGAGGCCUAGUGAGGAUGCAGUACUGCUCCCACUGCAGAGGGCUGACCCUGAUCCGGCCCUGCACCGGACUGUGUGUCAACGUCAUGAGAGGAUGUCUGGUCGGUGUAUCAGAACUCGGCGCCCCCUGGGGGAGUUUGGUGGUAUUGCUCCAGCGGCUCUCCGCCACUUUAGCGACCAGCAGCAACCACAACAGCAUGGAGUUGGCUCUGCUCGCCGUCCGAAACCACGUGAACGACGCCAUACUGCACGCCCAGCUGCACGGGCCACGCAUCACCGCCACGGUGGAGAAGGUGUGUGGCCCACAGGAGCCUGGUCCCGUGACCAAUAGUUCAAAACCCACCACCUCCCAUGUCACAGCCUCAGUGACCCCCGUGACAUCACUGACCUCAGACAGGUCGACUGCGACCUCACCUCCAUCAGCCGCUCGUCAACGUCCGCAGCAACAAACCAGGAAGUUGUUCCCUCUUAAAGGUUCCAGAGGUGACAAGAGUCGAAGCCUGAAAAAACUGUCGAGGGAGUUUGAGGGAUCCAUCCAGCGGUACCAGUGGUUCUUCUCCGAGCUGCCAGAGAUGCUGUGUGAGAGCGAGAUGGAGGUCGAGCAGCACACGUGCUGGAGCGGCCAUGACGUGGCAGAGAGCUAUGCAGGUCGUGUGGUCGGCAGCAGCUUAAAGGCCCAAAGGGAAAACCCGGAGAUGACCGUCCGUAAUACAGACCCUGUCAUGAAGGGGGCCAAGCAGAGGCUGGAGCAGCUCACACAGGAGCUGUUAGUGGAACUCGGCUGGGCGAGUAAAGCCAGAGGAAGAGUUGAGGAAGAGGAGGGGGGGAGCGCAGACACAGAGGGAGGCAGUGGGAACGACUGCGAUGAUGAAGAUGGCUGUGAAGCAUCUGGCGAGGGGAACGGUGAUGAGACGGGUCACUCAGCCAGUGGUCACAGUCCAGAGACGAAGAACGAAGCUCGGCCUCCUCUUCUUCAUCGUCCCGUCCCUCCUCGUCUCCCCUCACCUCCACAGGUGGUGGUCCGCGGCUCAGCUCACAUCGUGGCUGUGGAGCCUCUGACCCUGGUGACCCCACUGCUCCUCCUGCUGUCCACAUGGGAACCACGCUGACCGCCGAGAGACAGAUCCCGGGACAGAGACGGAAGAGACGGAAGAGACAGAGAGAAAGAAGAGACGACCACAGACUGUCUGUGGUGGUGGAGGUGGUGGAAGUUUUCGUAAACACGGCUAAACCCCCCCGAUCGGGGGGUCCAGCUUGUGGCACAGACUGUGGGUUUGUCACAGUUGCAGUUGCACAGUUUGCAUUUUUAUAUUACCUGUACUGACCUCUACAUGUGUGUACUUGUAUUUAACUCUAUUAAGAUAGUUUGCACAGCACUAGCUACUUUUUUUUUUUGAAGAAGAAAGAUGUAAAUACAAAUAUAUAUAUUAUAUAUUUAUAUGAAGAGUUUCUAUAGGUAACUAUGGCUUGAUGUGUAAAUAGAGAUUAAUAUAGAACAGAGCAGACUGACUUGGACUCAAAAGGCCGAUUGGUUUGGUUUGACCUUCACAUCUGAAGUUAAACCAGCUUCAGGUUGACAGUGAAUGAACUUUGGUGACGAUUUAUCAAGUUUAAUAAAACUCAAUUCAGGCUCUUUCACUCAUGAAGGUCUGGACAAUGGUCUGAGCUUAGAUUCAAGUCGUUGUUACAUUCUAUUUACAUUUCGUGAACUGGUUGAUCUGCAGUUCAGGGAGUGAACUAAACAUCGGGCGCGGAACCAGUUAGGUUCACUAGUGUAGGUCGGAGGCAAAGACAGCAGCGAGUCUAUAAACAGCUUCUUCUUCUUCUACUACUUUUAAAUGCUGUGUCAACUUCCUACAACUCGUCUUAAAGUGUUUUCGGAUUUCAAACUGUCUAACCAGGGUUCGGUUGAAUCCACACUGAGACGACCUCUGACUGCAUCGUGAUCCAUCGGCCUGGGCUUCGGUCCAAGGCAACGUUUACACUUGUUGUUGUGGUUGAGACUGAACUGAGACGUCUGAACCAAACAAGGAAGGUGUGAAAGUUCCCUGAGGCUGGUCAUUGAUACUCAUGUGUACUUAUUUUUUCUCAAUAGGCGACAACCAAUUAUGUGAUACUUCAGACCGAGGAGCACGAAACAUCUGACUGUUGGUCGGCGUGUCUGUGCAGACUGAAUCCCUCACGGCCCUUUUUCUAGACACAAACUCUUUUGUUCACAAGUUGAAUGAUAAUUAUUGUUAUUUUACUUUUAAUUCAAUUUCACUUACAGGCUUCAAGGAACCUCUGUUGGAAAUGAAAAUAAACCAAACAGCCGGCAGAAGAAAAAAAAGACUGAAUAUCCCCAUCAGUCAAAAGUCGGAAACAAUCAUCUGCCUGAGCAGUGAAUAAUAAUCUGACAUUUCAUCGUCAUUUAUUAUUAAACUCUGAGCUGCUGCAGUCAUUCACAGGGUGACUGGUCUCCCAAUGCAUUAAUUCAAACUGAGAUAAUAUAUAUAUAUGUGACAUUUAAUACGAUUUGAAGGGUUAAUACGUGUUUUAUCAGCUUGUCUCCGAGGAGGACAACAGACGAGAGAAUCCAGGGAGAGAUCAGAGUCGAGCUGAGCCCAGAUCCAAACCUGGGACUCAUGUGAUUCACGUUAAUUAGGAUUGUCGAGUCCUUCCGGCUCUUUGUGAAGUCCCCCCCCCCC